AUGAGGUCUCUGGGUCAGGACCCAACUGAAGCCGAAAUACAGGAUAUGAUCAGCAAGGUAGACGCAGAUGGUAAUGGCCCCAUUGACUUCCCAGAGUUCUUGACAAUGAUGACCAGAAAAAUGGAAGACACAGACAGUGAAAGAGAAAUCCGCGAGGCAUUCCGAGUCUUUGACAAGAAUUGCAACGGCUACAUCUGUGAGACCGAGCUUCGCCACGUCAUGACAAAUUUAGGAGAAAAACUAACAGACGAAGUAGAUGAAAUGAUCAGAGAAGCAGACAUGGAUGGCGAUGGACAAUCAACUAUGAAGAAUUCAUAA